AUUAAAUUUACCACCGACUUGACUCCACCAAAACAUCAAGUACGGUUCAUUUGUCCCAUUUACUUCACUUCACUCCACUCCACUCUCAUGUAUCUCCCCGCACCAAACACCGACUACGUAUUUCUCACUUGGGCACAAUCCCUCAAUGGCCGCAUCGGCUACACUUACUCUCAAGGUAAGCCCAAUCCGGGUCAGCUCGUACUCUCUGGCCACGAGUCUUUCGUCAUGACACACAAACUGCGCGCUCAUGCAGACGGUAUCAUGGUCGGUAGCACUACUGUUCGUGUCGACAAUCCAAGUCUCACUGCGCGGCUUCCGGAUCCUGCUCACGACACACUUCCUCUUGAUCAGCAACCGCGACCUAUUCUCGUCGACUCGUCACUCUCGCUUGACUAUGAAUCGCUCAAAGUCAUCAAGCUCGCUCGACUUGGUGUCGGCAAAGCACCUUACGUCAUCGUUUCGCCGAAAACAGAGUCGGCCGCGAAAAGCGAUCCAAUUAUAGAGCAGAAAGUAAACGUCAUUACUCGCGUAGGCGGUAAGCUUAUUGUUCGUGCGACAGACAAUACUGUACGUUUUCAUGAAUAUGUCGCCUUGGACCAGUUGCGCGAGCUGGGUAUUCGACGUCUCAUGGUAGAGGGAGGCGCGAGGCUGCUCUCCCAUGCUCUGAAAAGUGAGUGCGUGGAUGCCGCUAUUGUCACCAUCUCUCCGCAGUUCGUUGACCCACUCUCCACCAUUGGUAUAGAUGCUCCUUCUCUGAAUUGGCCUUGCAAGUCUUGGGAAAUGUUUGGCGACGACGUUGUCUUUGAAGGAAGACGCCGUUGAACUGGUGCAACUUAGUAUACCAAUUACAUUUACCGAAAUACAACACGGUGCAGCGGACUAGACUUGUCGAUAAAUCUCGUUAAAGCUCAC